AUGCGAUUUGAAUGGCUGCUGGCAGUUAUUUGCUCGGUAUUUGGUGCCAUUUCUGAGCCGAGAAGGCAUCGAACACGACAUAUCCAUAAACCUCAUCAAAUGCAAUGCCGCGAACCCGAUGACUUGAAAGAACAAAUGUCGGCGUGGUUGCGGGAGUCGUUGAUGGAGGGCAGUGUUCGAGAAGAGAUCUCGGAUGAAGACUGGAGUCCUCCACAAGAUCAGGAUCCGAUCUGUCAGGGAAUGCCCGAUACAUCCACUGACUCUUCCGUCAUGCAAAGAUCCUUGUGUCCGUGGCAAUGGCGGGUGAACUACGAUGAAGCGCGCGAGCCAAAGAUCAUCUCCGAGGCCCACUGCAUAUGCCGGAGGAGUCGCGGCGGGUCGGUGGCCUUCUGCCUGCCGAUCAAACGCGAAGUGCCCAUUCUGAAGCGGACCAACUGUGAUCCGGCCACCGGCAGAUGGGAAUAUGUCCGCUCUACCGUUCCGGUGACAAUCGGUUGCCACUCGGUGCUCCCGCGAUCGGCACGAGCCACCCCGUUGAGUGCCCAUUACCGGACACCGUCAAACCCGAAC